AUGAAGCUGAGCUGUGUCCUGGGGGCAUGGGCUCUUUAUGUCUGUCCUGCAGUGCUCCUGGCAACCCAGAUGUUCCCAGCUGGAUGUCAUGCUGCUGCCAGUUCAGAGACUCUGAAAUGUGAAGGACCUGUCAGCACUGACCUUAGCAGCUGCCACACUGAUGAGGAAGAGGAGGAUGUGAUCCAUUCCGGUGACACUGACUUCCAGAUCAAGGGCUACAAGUUCAGCAAACCCUUCCAUCUCAUCGUUUCCUAUGACUGGCUGAUCCUCCAAAGUCCAGCUACAGCCAUAUUUGAAGGAGACCCACUGGUUCUGCACUGUCGUGCCUGGCAAGACUGGCCCCUGACUCAGGUCAUCUUCUACCGAGAGGGCUCAGCCCUGGGUCCUCCUGGACCUAAAAGAGAAUUCUCUAUCGAUGUGGUACAAAUGUCAGACAGUGGACUCUACCAUUGCAGUGGCAUCUUCAGAAGCCCUGGUCCUGGGGGCCGAGAGACGGCCUCCCCUGUGGCUAUCACAGUCCAAGAAUUGUUCCCAGCCCCAAUUCUCAAAGCCUCACCUUCUAAUGAGCUCCACGAAGGAGGCUCAGUGACCCUGAGCUGUCAGACAAAGCUGUCCCUGCAGAGGUCAUCUUCCCGCCUCCUCUUCUCUUUCUACAAGGAUGGACAGACUCUGAGUAUCGAAGACAUCUCUUCAGAACUCCAGAUCAACAAAGCUUCAGAAGAGCACUCCGGCUCCUACUGGUGCCAGGCAGCUACUGAGGACAGGCAAGUUUGGAAGCAGAGCUCUCAGCUGGAGAUCCGGGUGCAGGGUGAGUUAAUGUGUAUGUCUCCUCCCAUCUUAAAUCCAGCUCUUCAGAAACCAACUGCUUCAGAGACUCCUCCUACGGAGCCCCCUGGUCCUCCGCCUCCGCCACCCACUCCUUCUGCAGAACACCUGAGAUUCUCCUCCUCCGACCCCCACUUCCAUCACCAGAUGCGCCUUCUUCUCAAACAAAUGCAGGAUGUAAAAGUUCUGCUUGGUCACCUGGUCAUGGAGUUGAGGGACUUGACUGUCUACCUGAAGCCUGGUGUCACGAAGGCUGCUGACAAAUGA